AUGGUGUUAUUGCAGAGAAUAAAUGGAUCAUACACAAAUGCCAACGUUUCUAUCCCAAUCUGUGAUCUCAAGCCUUUCACAAAGUAUUCAUUGAGAGUGCAACUAAAAGGAGGACAACCAAAUCCAUGGAGUGAAUCGGCAACAGUAGAGGCAACAACUUUGGAAGAUAGUAAGUUUUCAGCUGGGCAUAUUACUGCUGCCUUUAAUCACAUUCAGUUGGCAUAAAUACAUUUUAUUUUGAAACGUAUCAAACUUACUUACUACUUGGUUAAACAAGCUCAUUGACAUGUGUAUUUGGCUUGGGAACCUCAAAGUUAAAGGGAGUUAAGCAAUACGGAAUGGCCAGGGGUUAAUACAGACCAUUAUGAUUAGUUGACCACUACAGAAUUGUCCAGGAUGAAGACAGACCAUUAUGAUUAGUUGACCACUACAGAAUUGCCCAGGAUGAAGAUAGACCAUUAUAAUUAGUUGACCAAUACAGAAUUGCCCAGGAUGAAGACAGACCAUUAUGAUUAAUUGACCACUACAGAAUUACCCAGGAUAAAGACAGACCAGUGUGAUUAGUUGACCACUACAGAAUUACCCAGGAUAAAGACAGACCAGUAUGAUUAGUUGACCACUACAGAAUUGCCCAGGAUGAAGACAGACCAUUAUGAUUACUUGACCACUACAGAAUUGCCCAGGAUGAAGACAGACCAUUAUGAUUAGUUGACCACUACAGAAUUGCCCAGGAUAAAGACAGACCAGUAUGAUUAGUUGAUCCCUCACUUUAAUUCUACCAUGAAACCUUUAUUUUGUAUUUAUUCACUAUAACAGGACCCUUGACUGGCCCACCAAUGUUGAGUACAAACUACCACGAGGAGAACUGUGAGAACAAUAAGAGAAGAGUUUACUUGUAUUGGAAUGUGAGUAGAUGUUAGGAAGGUAUCAUGCAUGCUGUUAGGCUAAGUAUGGGACAUGCUUUGUUUUUAACAUUUAACCCAUCUAUUAUAACAUAACUCAUAAUGUUAGGCUAAAUGUGACACAUGCUGAUUGUAGGUCGUACCCUUUGUUUAGUCUUACAGCAGGGGACAACAGUUGGCCUAUACUCUUGGAAAAAUACAAUAAUUCAGCAUUUUAUUAUUUUGAUGAUAUUCUUCUAAUGCCCAUGUUGGAUAAAUGAGAGGUCAUGCUGACAUAUUUCUCCAUAAAUCUUCACAUGUGACACUGUUCCACAGGAAUCCCCCAGGGACUCACUUCAAGGAGAAUCCACCAGGUUUGAAGUGUCUUUCAAGAAUGAGACUUAUCAGUUAAGAAAAGGCACAAACUCCUUCCAAGAGUCUCUUCAGUGUGAUGCUCAGUAUAACAUUUCUGUCUCAUCAGCUACAAAAGUGGGCACGUCCAUUAGGCCAUCUCUAAUUUUUAUACCAAAAGCAAGUCAAGGUAAACUAGUUUUGAAGGUGUUUUGUUAAUUAAUGAGCUUGAGGCUUGAUAGGACAUAUUUGACAUUAGUAACUGACCCAUUCCUUCUUGACAUGUAAUUGUGGCGGAGCCCCAUCGGGUUAUGAUGAAACAUUUGAAAUCUAAUUGACUAUUUCGUUUUCACCCUGUAUAUUUACAUCUACUGCGUUAUUCUUUUAGUGUGUUAAACACAUGAUAGGUGUGGCUUAGACAGUCAAUGUUAUCACACGUAAAGUUGUUUGAUGUGUUAGAUGGUCAAUGUUACCACACAUCAGAUUGGUUGAUGUCUUUCACAACAUGUUAUUAUUGGAUAGUAGAAUGUCAAUUCAUGAUGACAUAUUUCAUUUUUAAUCAAAAGCCUCUAACCAAUAUUAUGUCAUCAUGAAUUGACAUACCAUUCCCUAUUUUGUGUUCAUGUAUCCUCUUCUAUUUGGAAUUUGUUUUGUGUAAAGCUGAUUUAAAAAUCUCAAAAAAACAGGGUAUAAUGACUAGUUUAUCAAAAUAAUAAAAAUACCAACAGGAGUUGGCUUAAGAUUAUAUUGAAAUAUAUAUUUUACCUUAACAUAUUCUUAUGACAAAAAUAUUCAAUUGUUGGUAUCUGAAAAAUAUUGCUUCUGUGAAAUUAUGAAUUAUGAUAUAUAAUGAAAUUACUAUGAAUAGUUGAAGACUGGCCAAACAUUCUCAGGACAGUCUUAAAAAAAUGUCGACCCUUAAAUUGUUAUAAGCUGAUGAGGCCAUAUUUGUAUUCUUUGCCAUUACCAGCUUUGCCUGUUCCAAGCAAUUUUGAUUUUAAAGUGGAAGAGCUUUUUGACCUGUCCCCUUCCUCGCUAAAGAAUCUCAACAUAACAUGGCGAGCUGGACUUCAUGAAAAAGAUGUAUCCCUCUAUGUAUACAUGUGUCAAGAAUCUUACCAAGCGAAGAUUUGUUUUGUAAGUAGUGGUUUCUUCCCCUUGUUACCAAAGUCUACCAUGAGGUUUUGCAGCAGACUUAUAAAUUAUGUCUGACUGCAUGCAAUUAAGAUCUUCAUUACAAUAAGACAUAACAGACAUGGAAAUGAGAUAUAAAAGAAAAAGAAACAAUAGCCCCUAUGUUAUUUAAGCCUAUACAUAUGUUGGUACAAAUGAGUGUUUGAAGCAUUAUGAGCCAUGGAUAUGGAAAAUAUUAACCCUUACAGUAUCAGGCGCAUCUUUUUGCAGUGACCUACUUUUUCCCUGUGACCCAAGCGCGUCUUUUUUCACCAGCCGAUCGUUUUUACCCUUGCCCCAAGCACAUAGAGGGGUAUCUAAUAUAAACACAGACACGAGGAUAUAACCUUUCACUAUCUACAGUUUCUGGAAGAAUGUUAUUCGUAAGGGGAAUAGUCUAAUUUUAUUUUGUCUUUUAAAUUAUGAAACUCUACCAAUUACUGAGUUUGUUUGUGCUGAUCUGUUUUUGUUGUUUCCAUGGCGCUACCUAGCGCUAUUGUUGAUGACCACUUACGCCCACUUGAUGAAACUUGAGCUUUUAUUGGGAUUAGAAGCGUUUUUUUUUUUAACUUCCUUAUCCAUUUCUGAACAGAUAAUUCUCUACACCCGGUAUGUUAUUAUCAAUUGUUUAAAACAAAAAAGUUACAAAAUAAUUAACGGACCUAUCAAAUUUUGGCUCAUUCCAAAAUAAUGUCUGGGCCACAGGGAAUAAUUAGCAAAAUAAAAGCCCCAUAAUAAAACCAAAAAGUAGGUCAGUACCGUAAGGGUUAAAAGAUCAUAAGGGUGAAAUUUAAAUCAACAAAACAACAAUAAUUACAGCAUUCAUUGACAAUCUUAACCCUACACAUGUUAUGUGACUUAACUAUAAGUUGAGUUAAAAGAUUAAGGCGUGUCAUAUAUUCAAAACUAGAUGUAACAUUGAGAAAUACUGCAUCACCUUUCUCAUGUCACCUGUACCUUUUUUGUCCCGGUCGGAAACAAUUUAUAUUUAAUACUUUCAGCCAUUACUAUUCCUGUCUUAUGACUGUUCUAUUGAGAUCUAGCCAAUGUUUAAAGUGUUCUUCUUGUCUGUUGAUGGCAGGAUGAACUCAGAGUCAUAGAGGUAAACAUGACUGAGGAGGCCAUAUUCCUGACCAAUGUUACCAGUACGGUCAAUUUGAUUGGGUAUGCUUUGAGGCAUGAAAAUGGUCAAACACGGGGCAUAAACUGGACUGAAUGUGUCUUCCUUAGAGAUGCUGGUAUGUAGUUAGAGAUGAUGGUAUUUAGUUAAAGUUAAAGAUGCUGGUAUGUAGUUAGAGGUGCUGGUAUAUAGUUAGAGAUGAUGGUAUUUAGUUAAAGUUAAAGAUGCUGGUAUGUAGUUAGAGGUGCUGGUAUGUAGUUAGAGAUGCUGGUAUGUAGCUACAGAUGUAUAUAGUUAAAUAUGCUGGAAUAUAGUAUGUAGUUUACUUAGACCUGGGCUUGCUAGUUUACGUAGGGCAGGGCUGGCUAGUUUACUCAGUGCAGGGCUGGCUAGUUUAUUUAGGGGAGGGCUUGUUAGUUUACUUAGACCAGGGCAGGUCAACCAAAAAGGCUUCACAGGCCACUUUCAUAUCAAGUAAACCUAUCCUUGUCCUCAUGUAAUAACACCUAAUAUUAAAAUGAACACCCACAAGAUUCUGCAUUUAAUCAUGGAUCAAUUCUCAAUGCACAUAACAAAAUAAAACUAAACCAAAGAGUUUUCUUUGGUUUUCAAUGAAUAACAACCUGGGUUAUAGCACAACUUUACUAGCUGAAUUAUAAAAAAAAACAUCAGAAGUUGAGCUAUCAACAUGUUCUUACUGCCAUAGAACAUUUGUAUCAGAUCAUCAGUAAUUUUAUUCUCAUAGAGAAGAAAAUUAAAAUAAAUACAUAAAAAUGUCCUUCCAUUCUUUGUUUCCAUUGAUUAACUAGAAUCACCUUGCAAUUAUUUAUUUUACCCAUCACCCAUAUAAUCUUAAGUUUUCAUUUGUGUACUGAUGAUUAGUUGUAUUUCAACAAUCCCUAAAGUGCCUGGCAAACCCCGAGGUUUACGAGUGAGGUCAGGAACUGAGAGUGGCUCACUAGAAAUCUCAUGGAUAGCAACACCGUGCAGCAAAGCUAGCAAAACAUUGAUAGUGCAAUAUAUACUUUCAAUUUGUUCUGCAAAACAGACAUCGGACUCAUGUCAACGUAAGUAAUUUGUGUGCACAAUCAAUAAUUAUUUUGUAAAAAAAAAAAUAUCCCUGAAUUUGGAAUGAUUUGUGACUUUGAAAAUUAAGACAAAUGUCAACUGACUGCUAAAUUAAUUAAUUUCUCACUAUUUAGUGAAAGAUAAUGUCCUCCAGGCUUGUACAUAUUUACUUCUCUUGCUUUUUUUGGUGUUCAGAAAGCCUUUUCUUCUCUUCUGGGUUGAUUUGUAGGCUAAUAAUCUGGAAGAGUUUAUACCUUGUUUCUCCUUCAUAUUUACAUCUGUUCAGAUUGAAAUUCCCAUCAUUUAGAUAUGCCACUGCUUCCCCAAAAGUACAUUUUUUGAUGUCAUAGUUUUUUUAGCACUUGUUAACUUAUUCAAUCAUUCAAUGCUGUUCUGACUUUGUGUGGAAACUGUUACCACACAUCCUCAAAAUCAGGCUUGAUGAAGAGAAUCACUGAAUAGGGAAAGCCCUUGUUGUGUUUGUAGUUAUCAGUGCCUACCCUAGUGGUUGGCAAAUCGUGGUUCGCAAUGCAGCUCUUUAACGACCUGAGUGCGGCUAAGCCAGUCAGCAACAAGUCAGUUUUGACUCCGAAAAUCACGGGUCUUGAUAGGUUCUUGAAAAGAAAUUUAUCUCUCUUGACUAAUGAGUUUGCAGACCAAUGGCCUACCCAAUAUUUGCACCAUUACUUGCUUGGACAGAAAUCAUGAUUUGGUGUCUCCUCCUUGACAGAAAAACAAGAUUUUUAAAAUAUCGACAAAUGUUUCAAAUGCAAGACACCAACAAGCUUGGUCUGCAGUAUACUUAAUUUAAUGAGAUUUUAUGCAAACUAUUGGUAAUAAACAUUUGAUCUCGUCCAUGGAAUAAUCGCCAGAAAUGCAUCUAAGUAGCUAUAAGAGAGGUAACCCAGAAUACAUUAACAUGGUUGAAGUUGCAACAUUUUACACUGAGCUUCUAGGACUAGAAACUGCUACAAUUGCAUUCAGUAGGAAUUUUUGUCUAAUCAAGUCAAUUAAUGCUUAAGGCCAUCCAUUGAAUAUGUUAACGAUUGUUCCCAUUUGUUGUGUUCCACAGGUGUAAAUGUCAAUGGUUCUGUUGACAGUUACACAGCUACUGGCCUGCUAGAGAAUCAUCACUAUGUUGUGUCCAUUCAGGCUGAGACACCUUACAAACUAGGUCCCACGUUUGAAGAGACGGCAUUGACUGGAAGUAAGAGUAAGUGCUUGAAAGAGUUGGGAUGCUGAGAACUUGUUGUAUCUCCAACAUUCCUGUAUACAAAUAAUUUCAAGGCAUUGUCUCCCAGUAUUUGUGCCAAUGUGUGGCAUUGUUUUAAGUUAUGUACAUACAUAAAAUGUUGUUCUUAACCUGAACAUUAUUUUGUAUGAACUUUGACCUGUCCUUGGCAAUGAAGCUUCAAGACAACCUACUUUACAUUGUGUUUUAGAUAGAUAGUAAGAUAGUUUCUCCUUGGGCUUACAUGUAAAGAGUGCCCAUUAAAAAAAACAAGAAUACCUGUAAAUAUUUACUUCAAUUAUUGAUAAUACAUUCUCCAUGUGUCUUACAAAAGCAGCACUCACCACAGCCCCAAGUUCUUUCAGUAAUUUUGUAAUCUCUAACAGACUACAAACUAUUGAUCUCAGCUUAAUAUGAAGGCAAUUCAUCUUAUUUAUUUAGUUUUUAUCGGAAAGCGCUCUUUCGCAUUUGCAUUUGCUGGUCCAACAAUUUGGAACGCCCUUCCAGUCGAUCUCAGAAACAAUCAGACACUGGAGUCCUUUAAAACUGAUUUAAAGACAUAUCUAUUUCGCAAACACCUUCUGGGAUGAUUGUCUACCAUAUUUUCCAUUUAAUGCAUAUUGGCUGUGUUGUUUAGGGUUGAAAUGGGUAGAAAAACUUUGACUUGGUAUGCUUGUAAUUAGUUUUUGUAGUGUUGCAUUUGUUUUAAAUGUGGUAAAUUAUAGAUUAGUUGUUUUUUUGUUGUUUUUUUACUUUUGUACCGCGCUUCGAGCCUUUGGGGAUAAAGCGUGUUUUUGAAUUAUUUAUUGUUAAAAUUCAAGUUUAUUGGAAAAAUAAAUAAACAAAUCAAUGAUUUCUUCAGUAUGAAUGUAAAAAAUAUAUAUCAAAGAGAGUAACUUUUACCAUGAAGUUUGACUAAUUGAAAGUAGUCAUAAGAUGUUGAAAUAUUAAACUGAACUUGUCAAUGGUAAUGCAGAGACCAUUUAAUGGGUAGACAUUUUUAAAACCAUUGUUCCUUAAUAGUAUUGACACUCAAUCUCCACACUUGAUCCUCCUUCACACUUGUGUCUUUGGUCAAACUUUCACAUAAAUUCUACAAUUCUACAAACUGCUGAAGGAAGACAUGCUUAAGAUAAGUGUAAAAUCAUUUUUCUAAAAAAACUGUACAGUAACCUGUUUACAUGUCUUUAAUUAAAAUUAUAACAAAAUAUGCAAUGCUUACACAAAUGUCUGCUCGUCAAUGUACAUGCAGCAUUUUCAAUAAAUUCUGCAAAGAAGAAGUUGAAUAUUAUAUACUGAAACAUACAACACAUGGAAAAAUGCAAAGAGUAACAUCACACACUUUUCAUUCCUUUGAUUAUAUUAAAACAGUGGUUCCCAACUUUUUUUGACUUGCGGAGCCCUUACUCUAAUUUAGAAAAUUGGGGAGUUCCUACAGUGUGUCUUAAAAUUUAAUGGUGUUAUUUUAUUUCAUAAUCUGGCUUUGGAGCCCCUGAGGAUUGCACACGAAUGGUAACCACUGUAUUAGAGAAUAUGAAAAUAAUGUAACAAUUUAAAUCAGUAAUUGGGCAUUCACAUACUUUUUAAAAAAAAAGACAAGAUGCAUUUGUUAAUAUAUUUGAAUAUUUGGCUUGUAAAGGUAAAAAAAAUUUAACAUAUAUUUAUUAACAGACUUUCAAAAAGGAAACAAAUUUUGGAUUAAAUUCCUCAAAUCAUUUUUUUUCCCUAUUUGAUUUUGAUUUCAAUCCUUUUAGAAGUUGUAUAUAAUAAAUAAUGCAUCUAACAUUCACAUUUGCAGAUGUUUUUGUUAAGACGUUCAUUCUUGUCUGUCAUUAACUUUUCUGUACCACUCAUCGUCUCAUGCAUAUCGAAUUCAAUCAAUAUGAUGUGUGUGUACACAAUUAGAUUUGCCAUUUUGUAUACUUUUAUAAUCUAAUUUAAUUUUAUUUCAUUUUAGUAAUGGUAGAAAUUGCACUUCUUUUUUAUCUAAAAAAAUUAAUAAAAAAUAUAAUAUGGUCUCCAACAAAUUGAGGAUGUUGUUUUGCUUGUAAUUUAUUUCAUUGAUAGUUUUAUUUGUAGUAUUAUAUUUUUGUAGAGUUUUUUAAGCUCAAAGAUCAUUGUCACAAAAGUCAGAUUAUUUAUACAAAUGUCAUCUCUUUGGAAAUGUUUGGUCAUCGUCUCAAAGCAUGGUUUUUCAUACCAAUGUCAUCUCUUGGAAAAUGUUUGGUCAGUGUCCCAAAUUCAGGUUAUUUAUAAAAAUUUCAUCUCUUGGGAAAUGUAUGGUAAAAAAACUAAGUGGUAAAUGAGAUUGAUGAAUGGCUUCCCAAAAAUUGGACUGAUGUAUGGCUUCCCAAAAAUUGGACUGAUGCAUUGUUUCCUAAAAUUUGGACUGAUGAAUGGCUUCCCAAAAAUUGGACUGAUGCAUUGUUUCCUAAAAUUUGGACUGAUGAAUGGCUUCCCAAAAAUUGGACUGUUGUAACACAUAUUUGUUAUUUGUUUUAUCAGAGUGAUGUUUAAAAGUUAAGUUUGCUUCUACAGCUCUGAUUAACUUGGGUUACAUAUAAUAGAUGUUCUCCAUUCAUUCUAAUUAACUCAUACCGUGGGUAUCAAACAGGAUUAUCACAUGGCACAGGAUUAAUCCACACUGAAAAUUUUCUUUGUGAAUGUACAUACAGGUUUUACAAAGUUUUGCAACAAAUAUUAAUCAUUAUUGUUGAUUAUGCAUAAUGUCAAAGGAUGGUGUUUAGAAAGACAAAAAAGUUUGAUACACACACCCCCCCCCCCCUCCCCCCCUCUUUUUCCUAUACAAACUAAAGGUGUAUUAAAUUCAUACCAUUUUUGUGACCGAAUUUGUUUUCUUCUAAUCUUUUCAUCAGAUGAUUCUGGAUCUGGUAAUGUGAUCACUGCCAUUAUUGCAACUGCUUUUUUACUAAUAUUCAUGGGCCUCAUUUGUUUCUUUGUUUGGUAAGUCAAUACUUUAACCUUUUCAAUGUCAGGAUAUUUUGAUUGGUCAAUGCUGACUCCAAUUAGUAGAGGGAAAUGAUUGGUCAAUUCUUACACCAAGUGGUGUAGGGCAUAUUGCUUGGUCGAUGCGGACUCCCAAGUAUUGCAGGGUACAUUGAUUGGUCAAUGUUGACGCCAAGUAGUGGAAGGUACAUUGAUUGGCCAUUGGUACACCGACUGGUGUAGGACAUAUUGAUUGGUCAAUGCUCACAUUAAGCAAUGCAUGGCUUGAUGCAGUGAGACAGCAGCAGAACUAACAUGUCUAUUAUUAGAUAUAGGACAGUUGCAACUUGUGUUGGGAAUAGAUUUAACAAUCGUACCUACAAUUUAAAAAAAUGGUGAAAUGUCAGUGGCCAGCAAUGCAAUAAAGGCUAUUUUUAGUUUAAAAUUUAUUUAUUCUGGCUCUUGGUGUACUUUUAUUGCACUGACCUUGAUGUACUUUUAUUGCACUGACCUUUGUGAACUUUUAUUGCAAUGAUCUUUGUGGACUUUUAUUGCACUGACUGUGGCAAUGGGAAAACUGAUAUUUCUGAAUCAAGUAUUUAGUUUCUGAUAAGCUCAGUAAAUUGGUUGCAAAGUGUCACAGAAAUGUUUAUUUGUCAUAUUGUUUCAGAAACAAAUGGUUGUUAGUUGUUGAAUUGUCAAAGAAAUCAAUUGUCGUCUGUCAAAUCUUCUUAGAGUAGCAUCCAUAAGUUUAAGGUACAGCAAACAUCUCAUUUAAAGCUAUAAUAAUUGUAGAAUCUUAGGAUCAUAGACUUUGUCUUUUUUACAGGAGAUGCAUGAAGGGUGGCAAACGAUUCAAACUGUUAUUGGAUGAUACACUGAUCCUGUCUAAGUCAUCUACACAGGUAACUCAGUCAUGUCACUGUACACCGGUAUUUAAGGCAUGUUUUUUUUUACACAGUCAACAUUCAUUAUUUUACAUCUAGUUACAACUUUUGUACUAUAGAAUUAUUUCAUUGAUUAUAGUAAACUAUGAUUAACUGUACCGAGCUAAUGCAAUACAUCUCUACAGGUUAUAUACCAGCCCCAAACCAGCACGGAAUCUGGUGUGUAUACAUCCAGUCAAAGAAGUCAACAGUCCUGCACCUCAGAGAGUGAAGUCCAACCCUCUCAAAAUGGGCCAAUCCAACCCUCUCACAAUGGACCAGUGCAAUCCCCUCACAAUGGACCAGUCCUACCCCCUCACAUUGGACCAGUCCUACCCCCUCACAAUGGACCAGUCCAACCCCCUCACAAUAGACCAGUCCAACCCCCUUACAUUGGACCAGUCCAACCCCCUUACAUUGGACCAGUCCAUCCCACUCUGAACUCUCCGGGAUAUGUUGACCAGCCUGACAAUGCUUUUGCUCUAAAAGAGAUUAGUCUGGAGGUCAGCAAUGAGCAACCCUCACCUAUUAGAACCCAAGAGGGGACUAAUGUUUAUGUUAAAGAUGAUGGCAGUGGGCCGUUGGAUGAAUAUGUACGUGUGGCUAACGGAUCAGCUGGUAAACCUUGUAGUCAUUACAUUACAGACAAGAAUUCUUUGAUCGUUCCAAGUGAGCCCGACACACGCAGCAUCCCACAACAUCCCAUUCAACAAGCCAUAUGCGUAGGUCUGGCUUUAGAUGGUCAGUCUCCAAUGUUCCCACAGGCUGAAGGGGCCCAGUCAACAGUGACCCCAGGAGAAACACAGCAAUGUGGAUCACCUCAUGUUCAAGAAUAUGUAGGUUUUGGUGUACAAAAUGGUCAAGCAACUGAAUAUUAUCCAGAAGAUGGGUC